UGUUUCCGGGGGGGAAUUUGCAAGGUGCUGCACAUUAUUAGUAAACAUUGGAACGUUUGUUGAUAGGGAGACAUUUUUAUUUGAUUUUGUUUGUAGAUGUGCAUAAGGAACAUUCACUUUUGAAUUAGGGCUACUUUAGUUCCCGUGAGCUUCAGAAGUUUCUAUUUUUGCUUGUCAAUCACAACUAUGGCUCUCCGAGCGUGUCAGAGUACGACACGUGCUUUGUUAGCUAGAAAUCUGAGCUGGCGAGCUGCUACUGCCCUAGUCCGGUUACUUGGAAAAAAGUAUUCUGAGAAAAAUAGCCCUUACAGCACUACAGCCGGAAAGGAAUCAGAGAAAGUCGCCGGGCGGACUGUGGUGAAGGAGAGGAGGGGGUCAGUGGUCACCGUGGCGAUCAACCGGCCCGAGGUGCGGAACGCGGUGAACCAGGAGACGGCUGGACGGCUGCUGGACGAGCUCACGGCCUUCGACAGCGACCCCGCCCUGACUGUAGCAGUGCUGCAUGGCAACGGAGGGAAUUUCUGUGCUGGUUACGAUCUGAAAGAGCUGGCCCAUCACACUGCCUCCCUCAAAUUGGAGCAAGAUGUCACCAAAGGUCCUGCUCCUAUGGGUCCCUCCCGACUGGUGUUGUCCAAGCCGUUGAUAGCAGCGGUCAGUGGCUACGCAGUGGCUGGAGGGCUGGAGCUGGCUCUGUUGGCUGACCUGAGAGUGGUGGAGGAGAGCGCUGUCAUGGGGGUGUUCUGUCGCAGAUUUGGCGUCCCCUUGAUUGAUGGUGGUACAGUCCGGCUCCCCCGUCUCAUUGGUCUCUCCCGGGCUCUGGACUUGAUUCUGACUGGACGUCCCAUUGGGGCACAGGAGGCCUUAGCCUUCGGAUUGGCUAACAGAGUGGUACCGGAUGGCCAAGCUCUGCAGGCAGCUCUGGAGCUAGCUGAGCAGAUCAGCACCUUCCCCCAGCAGUGCAUGCGUGCAGACCGCUCCUCUGCCCUCUACAGUGCCUACGAUGCCCCCUCCUUCAGCUUGGCCUUGCAGUACGAGAUGGACCAUGGAGCGCCAAUCAUCCAGACUGAGUCUGUCGCCGGUGCAACCACGUUCAGCUCAGGGACAGGAAGAGGCGGGAAAUUCUCCUCAAAGCACUAGUAACACUUUAUUUAGGUAUGCUUAUUUAGAAAAUACAUUUAUUUCACCUUUAUUUAACCAGGUAGGCUAAUUGAGAACAAGUUCAAGUGCAACUGCGACCUGGCCAAGAUAAAGCAUAGCAGUUCGACAUAUACAACAACACAGAGUUACACAUGGAAUAAAAAAAACAUACAGUCAGUAGUACAGUAGAACAAAAGAAAACAAAAAGUCUAUAUACAGUGAGUGCAAAUGAGGUAAGAUAAGGGAGUUAAGUCAAUAAAUAGGCCAUGGAGCCAGUGUGUUUGGCGACGAGAGUGAAGCGAGGGCCAGCAAACGAGAGUGUACAGGUUGCAGUGGUGGGUAGUAUAUGGGGCUUUGAUGACAAAACGGAUGGCACUGUGAUAGACUGCAUCCAAUUUGUUGAGUCGAAUGUUGAAGGCUAUUUUGUAAAUGACAUCGCCAAAGUCGAGGAUUGGUAGGUUGGUCAGGUUUACGAGGGUAUGUUUGGCAGCAUGAGUGAAGGAUGCUUUGUUGCGAAAUAGGAAGCCGAUUCUAGAUAUAAUUUUGGAUUGGAGAUGCUUAAUGUGAGUCUGGAAGGAGAGUUUACAGUCUAACCAGACACCUAGGUAUUUGUAGUUAUCCACAUAUUCUAAGUCAGAGCCGUCCAGAGUAGUGAUGCUGGACGUGCGGGCAGUGAUCGGUUGAAGAGCAUGCAUUUAGUUUUACUUGCAUUUAAGAGCAGUUGGAGGGCACGGAAGGAGAGUUGUAAAUAUGUCUACAUAGUGUAUGCCUAUGUACACUACAUGACCAAAAGUACAUGGACACCUGCUCGUCGAACAUCUCAUUCUGAAAUCAUGGGCAUUAAUAUGGAGUUGGUCCCCCCUUUGCUGCUAUAACAGCUUCCACUCUUCUGGUUAGGCUUUCCACUAGAUGUUGGAACACUGCUGUGGGAACUUCAGCCACGAGCAUUAGUGAGGUCGGCAAUGAUGUUGGGCGAUUAGGCCUGGCUCACAGUCGGUGUUCCAAUUCAUCCCUAAGGUGUUCGAUGGAGUUGAGGUCAGGGCUCUGUGCAGGCUAGUCAAGUUCUUCCACACCGAUCUCGACAAACCAUUCCUGUAUGGACCAUGCUUUGUGCACAGGGGGAUUGUCAUACUGAAACAGGAAAGGGCUUUUACCAAACUGUUGCCACAAAGUUGGAAGCAGAAUUGUCUACAAUGUCAUUGUAUGCUGUCACGUUAAGAUUUCCCUUAACUGGAACUAAGGGGUCUAGCCCUAACCAUGAAAAACAGCCCCAGACCAUUAUUCCUCUUCCACCAAACUUUACAGUUGGCACUAUGCAUUGGGGCAGGUAGCAUUCUCCUGGUAUCUGCCAAACACAGAUUCGGCCAUCGGACUGCCAAAAGGUGAAGCGUGAUUCAUCACUCCAGUUUUCACUGGUCCAGAGUCCAAUGGCGGCGAGCUUUACCCUACUCCAGCUGACGCUUUGCAUUGCGCAUGGUGAUCUUAGGCUUGUGUGCGGCUGCUUGGCCAUUGAAACCCAUUUCAUGAAACCCAUUUCAUGAAGCUCCCGACAAACAGUUAUUGUGCUGACGUUGCUUCCAGAGGCAGUUUGGAACUCGGUAGUGAGUGUUGCAACCGAAGACAGACGAUUUGUACACGCUUCAGCACUCGGCAGUCCAGUUCUGUGAGCUUUUGUGGCCUACCACUUCGCGGCUGAGCCGUUGUUGCUCCUAGAUGUUUCCACCUCACAAUACCAGCACUGUCUUUCGGAUGGGAUGUUAAACGGGUGUCCUGACUCUCUGUGGUCACUAAAGAUCCCAUGGCACUUAUUGUAAGAGUAGAGGUGUUAACCCUGGUGUCCUGGCUAAAUUCCCAAUCUGGCCUUCAUACCAUCAUGGCCACCUAAUCAUCCCCAGUUUACAAUUGUCUCAUUCAUCCCCCCUCCUCUCCCCUGUAACUAUUCCCAAUGUCUUUGCAGUAAAUGAGAAUGUGUUCUCAGUAAACUUACCUGGUAAAAUAAGGGUUAAAUAAAAAAAAAAAAAUUUAAACUUACAGUUGACCAGGGCAGCUCUAGCAGGGCAGAAAUUUGACGACCUGACCUGUUGGAAAGGUGGCAUCUUGGUUAAAUAAAGGUAACAUUUACAAAAUAUAUAUAAUAAUGAUGGUGCCACGUUGAAAGCCACUGAGCUCUUCAGUAAGGCCACUCUACUGCCAAUGUUUGUCUAUGGAGAUUGCAUGGCUGUGUGCUCGAAUUUUAUACACAUGUCAGCAACGGGUGUGGCUGUAAUAGCCGAAUCUACUAAUUUAAAGAGGUGUCCACAUACUUUUGUAUAUAUAGUGUAUAUGUACGUAGUUUUUUCUUCAUGAUUUAUAAAUUGUACCAGGUCCACUAAAUGGUUUAUAGAUGGUAAACACGUACACAUGGUUUGGUAAUGGUUAGAAAAAAAUAAUUCAUAAUGGAUUAUUAGCCGACUGUCCACCCUUUUCCCACCAUUUUGCACCACACGAUGUCAUACUGGUGUGUCAGAUACAACCUCCGUGGGGCAAAUGACAAAGUCAUACAAACAAUGACAGAACCUCACCAGCUGCUUAUCUGUACAGUCUAUAUCAUAAUGAUCCCCCACAUACCAAAGGUUCUUUAAAGUUAAAUCACUGCGCUCGACAAUUGUGGUUGGUACACCACCCUCAUAUCUAGAGGAAUUAGAGGGAGGGCUAGUAGGGGUAUGGAGGCUGGUCGAAAGAAGCAAAACCUUUGAAAGACAAAGACUGGAAAGCAGCAAUGGCAUCAAAAGCACCAGCACUAUACUGGCAUUGUUUCUGGUUGGAGUUGUACUAUGGUUGUGUGAUGUGUGGGGUCUUGGGUCUACCACCAGACUAUACUGUAGUAAGAUGGUAGUGUGGAUAUUUUUGUGUGGAAAUGCCAUGUUUAGAGGAAUAAUUACUGUGCGAAGAAUGACUGUGAGUGUGUUUAUGCCUGUGUGAAUGUGUGUGUGCCCACAUGUUUAUGUCUGUAUAAUUAGUGUGGAAGAUUUAGCAGUCCAAGUGAACUUGGUGUUAUGAGUGAACAUUCCUCUGGUGGACAGCUCCCCCUCAAUUAUCUGUGCGUGUGUGGGUGCUUGUGCGCACAUGCACGUGUGUGAGAGAUGAUUCAGCUUGGAAGCAGAGAAAGUAGUACCCUAAGGCAGGUGUGUGUGUGUGUGUGUGUGUGUGUGUGUGUGUGUGUGUGUGUGUGUGUGUGUGUGUGUGUGUGUGUGUGUGUGUUUAAACUGUAUGGUAUAUCCACAUAUAUAUAUACUGUAUAUCCACAGGUUGGAAUGAGACCAGCCUGUGUAUGAGGGACUCCAAUCUCUCUCCUCAGGUUGUGAGUGUGACCCAUCGUGUGUGUGUUAAUUAGGGUGAGGAGAGGCUCUGUCUAGACGCCAUGAUGACAGGACACACACCCCCUGUUUAUCCUGUGUGCCCUCCCUCUGCUUCCUCCUGCCUCCUCACCCACGGCCAAUACACCCAGCUAUCACCUGCUCCCAACACACACAGACACACAAACACACACAUCGUUAUUUCCUAUUCAAUUUCUGUACCGCUCGAAGUGGACGUUUGAGGUUGAAUAUUCAUCAAUAGCCAGACACUAAUUGUGUCAUGUCUUUACAAUGAUGUAUUUUACUUGCUAAUGCAGUAAGAGUGGCAUGCCUAAAUUAGAUGUGAUGAUGUAUAAAUAAAGCUAAUAUUAAGACAAUCAA